AUGUCCGGCAACAAUGCCACAGCUGGUCCUAGCACAGCAGCCUCAGCCCUCACUCCGGCUCAAGCGCGCCAAGCGGCGCUCAACCGUGCAAAGGCCAAAGAGCGCCUCUCGCGAGUAGCAGACUCGACAUCCGGCGCGGGCUCUUCCAGACAAGGGGGUCAAGGGAGGGGAGACAAUCUUGUACAUAAGCCAGCGGCGGGCCCGGCGACAAGCAGGAACGCGGUAGAGGGGCAAAAGGGGGAACCUGCGCCUUUGAGGCGAGAUCCGGGCUUGGGCAAAUACUUUGAAUACGAUCUUUCGAAGUUGCAUAACUCAAGAGGAGGGUUCUUGACGGAAGAUGAUCUGGGAGGGGAGCGGGUCAAAUCGGUCGUCGAAUUGGCCAGAGAGAAGGAGAGGGAGCGACGAUUAGCAAGAGAAGGCGAAGAACCUAGUGAGUUGCUACUGCUUCGAGACGUGAUUCAAGCGUGGACUGCUCGGAUGUUCGACGUGCGAGUCUGUAAGACGUGCAAAGAGAAGAUACCGGAGAAGUACUCGCUCUUGACCAAGACGGAGUGUAAAGAGGACUACCUCCUCACCGACCCAGAACUUCGAGACGAAGACCUCCUACCCCAUCUUCUGCGUCCAAACCCCCACGCCUCCACCUAUUCCAACAUGAUGCUAUUCCUGCGAGAACAGGUCGAGAAGGUCGCGUGGGACAAGUGGGGCGGGGAGGAGGGGCUGGAUAAUGAGUGGAAGAGGAGAGAGGAGUUCAAGAAGAAGAAGAAGGAGGAGAAGUUUGAGCAGGGCUUGAAAGAUCUGCGGAAACGGACACGAAACAACGUCUUCCAACGGAGACAAGAAGCGGUACAUGUACAUGAGUUUGAGGAUGUCGAGGAGGUGCAAGAGGAAGAUGGGGAGACCAAGGCGCUGCAGCGGUGUCAUGGGUGCGGGGCGGAACAGACGGUAGAGGUGUGGUGA